AUUAUCCAUGUGUUAUCAGUGGCGACAAACUCCUGAUGAUAGAUCCACAACAGCCAGCAGACAGAGUGAAUGCAAUGGUCAAUUUGUCCAAAGUAGGAACGCUUGAAAAGCAUGGGCUAAAUGCUGAAGCAUUUUGGGCGGCAUUUGAUGGAACGUUUGGAAUUAAUAGGGAAAACGUGAAGAAGGGCUACUUUUCUGGAACCUUGUUCUGGUUUCCACUUCGCCAGAAACCAUCUGAUUUGUCUGAAACUUUGUAUGAUGAGGCUAAGGUCAUGGAUUUGUUCGAUGGUUUUAAAUUGGAGGCCUCAAACAUACUACUCUUUCUGAAGAAUUUGGAAAGAAUAGCGUUAUGCACACGCAGAAAUAAUAAAAGAAUUUCAGAUAUUGUUAAAGUAGAAAUUAUAGAUACACACGGAACGGUUCGACAGAGCAGGUAUGAGUUCAAGGAAAAGGUUAAAAGAACCGAUUCAGACUACAAAGGAGAAGAUAUACAUAAUGUUAUACAGAUCUCCAUAUCCAUCUCGACCAAUGAUCAGCGCCAAAUCUCUGACUGGAUGGUUGUAAACUAUUUUGUUGGCAGGAGUGCUGGCUCCAGUUUCAGGAAACUGCUUCAAGAUAAAAGUUUAGGAUACAGUCCAUACGUAGGAGUAGCUGCACCAUUGCUGUCUUCUAAACGAAACUUUGAAGGGCAUGUUUUCUGCUUUUUGCCAUUGCCAAGGGAGGGUUCCAGACUGACAGGACUUCCCGUGCAUGUAAAUGGAUUCUUUGCCCUCAGUCAAAACCGCCAUCAUCUAAAAUGGGAAACUGACGAACAGAGAGGAAGAAGAAUUGAUGACAAGUCAAUCUUGUGGAACAAAUAUCUUAUCGCACAGGCGCUCCCACUUGCAUAUUAUACACUAGUUAACGCUUUGUUGCAAAGGUCGAAUUCGUUGGGAAAUACGACAGACAAGUUAGAUCAUAUUUAUUCGUGCUUACCAUUUUCCUCAGAUACACAAAGUAAAUGGGACACUUUGGAAACUGAAUUAUAUGCAAGAUUGAUAACAAAACCAUUCUUGUAUAGUUCAUGUAUCAACAAAUGGAUUUUGUUGACUGAUACAUGCUUUGCAACAUUUUGCAACUUGCCACAAGACCAUACUCACGUUCAAAGUGCUGUUAAACGUUGUCUAACAACAACAGGGCAGAAUUAUGUCGAAAUACCUUUAGAGCUUUUUGACACAUUGCAACAGCAUUAUCCGAGGAUUGAAGAUCUUACGCCAGAACUUCUGGCGACAUAUCUACACCAAAACGACGCUUACAGAAGGAUGGCAUACCAAGAUAAGUUGGAUAUUUUAGAAUAUCUAUUGUCAGAUAGUAACUACAUGAAAAUGAAUGGACUUGAUCUUCUGCCACUUCACUCUGGGGGAUGGACAAGCUUCAACAAGUACGGGGAACCUAUCUACACCUGUUCCGAAGACAUUUUGAAGAUACUUCCUGGCCUUGAGCACAUUCUAUUGGAAGAUGCUGCGUCGCUGAGGAGCAAUUUAGCAAACCACUUAAGCCAAUUGUGCUCAACUGAGAAAACAAUGACACGUGAAUUUGGAUAUUCAACAAGCAGGAGACUUACUGAGUCAAAGAUCUUAACGACAAAAUGGUUGCAUGAUGUCUGGCAUUAUAUCAGUAGUAAAGGGAUUAUUUCAAGCUUAACAACACUUCAACUAGUCCCAGUUUUAAAGGAUGGUACGUGGAAAAAUCCACAAAUCAUUGAUUUGGCCAAACUGUCCAACCUCCUGCUUGUUAAAUCAAGCAACGGAGACACUCUUGGAGACGAUGUUUGCAAAUGCUUUGAAAUUAUGGGUGUGACUGUAUUAGAUAGUUUGCCUCCCUGGAUUCAAAACGAAAGCAUAAUGAAAUAUUGUUUUUGGCCGAGGUCGAAAAGUGUGGUUGCACUCCUGUCUAAGAUAGGUUCGAGCCGUAAUGUUAAUCAGACAGUUGCUGCUUUCAACAAAAAUUGUAAUUGGAAAGAUAAAGUUGGCAUAAAGACAUUGCUAGAAAAAUGUCAGAUUGAAUUUACGGAAGACUCCAAACGACUUUUAAGAGAAAUGGAGAUAUUGCCUGCUGUGACAUUCAUAAACGGAAGAUGGUAUGCUACCUCCGUAACGGAAAUACCCAGAUUCAUAAAUGGUACCGAAAACUUCCCAAGUUCCAUGCCGUUACCUUUUGCAUGCGUCACAAUAGCUAGUACAGUCGAGUCUCUUAUCGUGUCAUUAGGGGGAAGUAAAGUUCAUGUUGAAGAAAUUGUUAUCGAAUCCAUGAAGAGACUUGACGCAGGAAAAUUUCGGGGAACGGACGAGAUGAAACACUUUAUGAAAUACUUCUUAGAAAAUUUCCAUCAAUUUACGAACAACUCUGUUAUUGUUAACUGUGCUCGAAAUUUGCGUUUCCUCACAACAGGGCAUGAUUCCUGCAGAUAUAAGGCAUCGGAGCUGUUUGACUCUUCUGAUACAUUGCUACUUGACUUACUGUGUGAAGAAUCUCUAGUACCAGACGCAACACAUGCUCAAAAUGACGCGGCAAUCCGUGUUCUUAAGCACCUUGGAUUGAGAGGUUUGGAUGAUAUUGAUUGUAACAUUCUUUACAAAGUAGCCAGGACUUUAGAUAAAUGGUCUAAAGAAAGAAAACAAGACAGUGACCUUGUACGAAAGGCAAAGGCGUUUAUGCAGUUGCUGUUUUUGAAACCAUCACUUCUUCAUGGUAUAUGCCAAAAGGGGUUUACGUUAGUAGAUUCCAUUAACUCUAUCUCCUGUAUCCAAAUACAAAGCAGAUUGCCGUCAUAUCCUGCCUGCCUCAGAUGGUUCUCAAAUAACGGGGUGCUUUGUAAACCUUCGGAUGCCAAAGAUGUCAGUUAA